UAUGCACUCUGAGAGCUAGAGGCUCAGCGAUGGGUACCUGAAGGCAUCACCAGUGCAGCCCAGUGUUGUGUGCGGUCUUCGCUCGUGUUUUGCUGUGUUUGCUGCUUGGCUCCCCUCUGUCCUCCAUUACAGCUCGGCUCCAUCCCCGCUGUACGGCGCAGGCCCGAAGUAGCGCAGCCGCUCUGAGUCAUUGCGCCGUGGAUCCAGCUGUAUAGACCAGGUGGCCGAUCAUGGACGAGCACAUUGUUCACCAGACAGAGCACAUGACCACCAUCGAGGCCAGCGCCGUCAGCCAACAGGUCCAGCAGGUACACGUGGCCACCUUUACUGAAGCAUCCAUGUUGAGUGCUGAGGAAGACUCGACGUCCUCACCGGAUGAUGAUCCUUAUGAUGACACGGACAUCCUCAACUCAGCUGGCACUGAUGAGGUCACCGCCCACCUGGCAGCUGCAGGGCCAGUAGGCAUGGCAGCUGCUGCUGCCGUGGCAACUGGUAAGAAAAGAAAGAGGCCUCAUAUCUUUGAAUCCAACCCCUCCAUCCGUAAGAGGCAGCAGACACGUCUGCUCAGGAAACUGAGAGCCACCCUGGAUGAGUACACCACCAGAGUAGGCCAACAGGCCAUAGUGCUGUGUAUCUCUCCCUCCAAACCCAACCCUGUGUUCAAGGUGUUUGGUGCUGCUCCUCUAGAGAAUGUGGUGAGGAAGUACAAGGGCAUGAUGUUGGAGGAUCUGGAGAAUGCAUUGGCUGAACAUGCCCCCGCUGGUGGAGAGCUGGCCUCAGAGCUGCCCCCUCUCACCAUUGAUGGCAUCCCUGUCUCUGUGGACAAGAUGACCCAGGCCCAGCUGCGAGCGUUCAUUCCAGAGAUGCUGAAGUACUCAACGGGCCGAGGGAAGCCUGGCUGGGGUAAGGAGAGCUGCAAGCCAGUGUGGUGGCCUGAGGACAUCCCAUGGGCCAACGUCCGCAGUGAUGUCCGCACAGAGGAGCAGAAACAGAGGGUAUCUUGGACGCAGGCGUUGCGGACCAUCGUUAAGAACUGCUACAAGCAGCACGGCCGCGAGGAUCUGUUGUAUGCGUUUGAAGACCAACAGAUAACCACGGUGACCCCAACCCAGCACCACCUGACCACUGCGCAGAGUAUCGCUCACCUCGUGCCCUCUCAAACUGUGGUACAGACCGUCAACAACCCUGACGGAACAGUCUCGCUCAUCCAGGUUGGCACAGGACACACGGUUGCCACCCUGGCUGAUGCCUCAGAGCUGCCCGGUGUUACAGUGGCACAGGUCAACUACUCCACUGUGACUGAUGGAGAGGUGGAGCAGAACUGGGCCACCCUCCAGGCCGGAGAGAUGACAAUCCAAACCACUCAGGCCUCAGAGGCCACGCAAGCAGUAGCGUCCCUGGCUGAAGCCGCAAUCACUGCCAGUCAGGAGAUGCAGCCCGGAGCCACUGUCACAAUGGCUCUUAACAGUGAGGCAGCAGCCCAUGCUGUGGCGACGUUGGCAGAGGCCACUCUACAAGGUGGAGGGCAGAUUGUCCUGGCAGAGACAGCAGCAGCUGUUGGUGCACUGGCAGGGGUUCAAGAUGCCACAGGUCUGGUCCAGAUCCCAGUCAGCAUGUACCAGACUGUAGUGACCAGCCUCGCCCAAGGCAACCGACCUGUCCAGGUUGCCAUGGCACCUGUCGCCACACGCAUAGAUAACACUGUCACGCUGGACGGCCAGGCGGUGGAGGUUGUGACCCUGGAGCAGUGACAAUUACAACCCUGGAAGGAGUAGAAGGCACUGAAUGGCCACCUUGGAGAUUUGUUUAUCCUACUGUUUUCCAAGACAUCACGCUGUGUACAAUGUCAAAUAUAUUUUUUAAUGUACAUCUGCAGGGGAAGUAAAAGUGAGUUCUCAAUGUAAUAAUGUGUUUACUGUGUAAAAAUAUUGCUUUUGGUGGUGUAUUUUUUUUUCUCCCAUUUAGCUUCAUGUUUUGUUUUUUUGUUUUUAGCUCUGUGAUGUUGAGUAUUUAGUAUUUAUUUCUUUACAAUUAACCUUUACUUCAAACAAAGAUGAACCAAAAAGCCCGGGAGGAAAGCCACCACUGCUUCACCCAGAGUGUGUUACUAUCACUGUCAUCAUUGUCGUCUGUGUGCUUGACUGUUUUGUUUUAAGGAUGCAUUAACAAUUCAGUGCCAUAGUCAGAAAUCACUCCUCUCUGUUUCCCAUAUCACUAUUUGAAAUUUUACUCUUUCCACCUCAACUCACCUAAAAGUUAGAAAACAGAACAGCAUCUGAGCUAUAGACACUCCCAGCGAUUUCAUACAUUACAUGAGGAAGUAUUCCGUUAAAAUACCGUCUUGUCGUGUGUGUUUUUUUUGUUUUUUUUCCUGUGCUGUUUUUCUGUAGUCCAUGCACAUGCCAAGAUUUGUGAAGACUCAGGAUAUACAUCAAGGUGUUUUUUACUGCUGGAUUGCAAAGCUGGCUUCCCGAAGCAGCCAUUUUGUCUACCAAAUCCAUUUAUUUACAGUGCAUGGAUAGGGGCACCCCUUGGUAUGUUAUUUUUUUAACAUGAACUCCUUUGUAUGUCACUUAGGACUUGGCGGUCUGCAUCACUUUGCAAAUCACAGGAAGUUAGUCAUACUUGGACAGGCGCUGCAGUAUUUGUGAUGCAAACAUCAAAAAAGCAUUCCUGUACAACAAAAAAUUUGCUUGCCAAGAAUCGACGUAGUUCGAUGUAACAUUUGGUCAAGUUUCACCACUAUUUAAAAAAAUUAAAGUCAAAUAAAAUGGCUGCUGUUCAACAUUUA